AUGGCGAUAGGACCGUCAACCCUUCUGAUUACAGAAUGGACGCUCAUAGCCUUAUCGACAAUUGUCAUCAUCGCACGAAUCUACCUCCGCCUCGUCAUCCAAAAACGAAGGCUCAUGGACAGUGACAUAUGGAUGUUAUUGGCAUGGGCAGCUGGCAUUACCGUGGCGUCCUUCUGCAUCACGUAUGUUCACAUGGGUGUCAUGGAGCCAUGGGUCGACAGCAGUCUGAAGGACUGGGAGGGAACUCUCAGCGACAAAGAGUUUGUUCUCAAGUUGCUCUGGAUCUGUGCUCUGCCUUUUUUCACGGCGUUUUAUCUCUGCAAAGCUGCUCUGCUUGCUGUCUACCGCCAGGUCAUUCCUGUUCAUAUGCACAAGAGGAGAAUGUUUCUCUGGGCGACUGCUCUCUAUGUUGCGCUUUCGUAUAUCGUCACGAUGAUUCUGCCAUUUUGCGUCUGUAUCCCUGUCACUCGACUAUGGUCGCUGGACCCUGAUAACCAAUGCCCGCAUGAUGCUGCGAUGACGUUCUUGAAGACUUCUUGGGCUCUGCAUUUUGCUGGCGAUGUUUUCAUCUUCAUUCUUCCUUGGCUUAUCGUGCCUGAUCUCAUGAUCAAAGGAUGGCUGCGAGUUGGUGUUUACUUGACCUUUCUUCUUGGCAUCAUCAACAUGGUCAUCAGCAUCAUCCGCUUCCACGAGCUAUUCAUCGAUGGUGCACACCGCAAGGUCUCCAUCGUCGAAUCCCACUUCUGGAAUACCUUGGAUUUAUAUCUCGGCCUGGUCAUCGCCUGUCUCCCCUCACUACGACCAUACUUCAACCUCGCCGCCAACUCACGCGCAUUCAACACCAUCCGAGGAAAAGGAACAAGCCAAAGCAGUCGCUACACCACCGACUCAAUCCAGAAACCCGAAGCAGCGAGACUCACAGAGCAUCAAUCGGAGAUUUCGCCCAGUCGACCCAUCAGACGUUCAUCACAUUCAUCGCGAGGUUUUGACUUGGAGUCUUGCGCUGGUUCUUCAGAUUCACAUGAGGAUGCUAAGAAUAAGGCUUUUGAAAUUGAAUUGGCGCGGGUUCGUACCCGCGCGAGGGAGUCAUCUGAUGAGUAG